AUCAAUAACACGCUCUUAUUAUCGCAAUUCUGUGGGUGGCUUACUAGUGUUUGACAUCACAAAUCGACGAUCCUUUGAACAUGUGAAAGACUGGCUAGAAGAAGCAAAAAUGCAUGUGCAGCCCUUUCAGAUUGUAUUCCUAUUAGUAGGACAUAAAUGUGACUUAGUGUCACAGCGUGAGGUUACAAGAGAAGAAGCUGAAAAACUGUCAUCUGACUGUGGUAUGAAAUAUAUAGAAACUUCAGCAAAAGAUGCCACGAAUGUUGAAGAGUCCUUUACAAUUCUUACACGAGACAUCUAUGAACUUGUAAAAAAAGGAGAAAUCUCAAUACAAGAUGGAUGGGAAGGUGUCAAGAGCGGCUUUGUUCCAAAUGUUGUACAUUCAUCAGAAGAAGCCGUAAAGCCCAGAGGACAGUGCAUCUGCUGAAUUUGUAGCAUGCCAAAGAGCACGUCGGGUGUUCAGAAGAUGAUGCCAACCUAAAUAACAGAAUAAUAAUUUUGAAACAAUAUUAGAUCAUGACAUAACUGAAUCAUAGAACGGUAAUUUGUUUUUGUAUCCUUCUGUCUAGGUCAUAACUUCAUAAAACUUUAAGUGCUUUUUUUCUUUUCAGAGUACAAUAACUUUGUGUGGUCUUCAGGAAAAGAAAUUAUAUAUUGCUAAAGGAAGAACGAAUCCUGUAGCAAGACACUGAGAAAGCGCAAUAAUCAUUCUGACAACAUCCUCUCUUGGGCUUUGUAUUUUGAAUACUGUUUAAAAUCAAGGCUUGCUAGGUGAGGAUCAGAUGAGCUCAUUACUUUUGUUCAUCCUGCCUUAGUUUUGGACAAGAAAAUAUUAUACCUUGUACUUUUUUAGCGUGAUUCUUCACUCAAGUGCAGGGUUGCUAAUGGCCGUUAAAGUUUAGAAUGCUGUAGAAUUUCAUAAUAAAUAUAACCCUAAAGAAAGCAA